AUGGAAAUGGAGAACCAGACGCGGGUCAACAAGUUCAUUCUGGUGGGUUUCCCUGGGAGCCCAGGCAUGCGUGCAGCUGUAUUCCUGAUGUUCUUAGUGGCAUAUGUAUUGACGGUGGCUGAGAACGUGAUUAUCAUUCUGCUGGUGCAGCAGAACCGGCCACUACACAAGCCCAUGUACUUUUUCUUGGCCAACCUGUCCUUCUUAGAGACCUGGUACAUCUCCGUGACGGUGCCCAAGUUGCUGUUUAGUUUCUGGUCGGUGAGCAACAGCAUCUCGUUCACCCACUGCAUGAUACAGCUCUACUUCUUCAUUGCACUCAUGUGCACAGAGUGUGUGCUCCUGGCUGCCAUGGCCUAUGACCGCUAUGUGGCCAUCUGUCGCCCCCUCCACUACCCCACCAUCAUGAGCCAUGGACUCUGCUUCCGCCUGGCUCUUGGUUCCUGGGCCACUGGUUUUGGCAUCUCUUUGGCCAAAAUCUACUUCAUCUCCCGCCUCAGCUUCUGUGGCCCCAAUGUCAUCAAUCACUUCUUCUGUGAUAUCUCUCCAGUACUGAAUCUCUCUUGUACAGAUAUGUCCCUUGCUGAACUGGUGGACUUUGUCCUGGCACUGGUCAUCUUUCUCUUGCCCCUCUCAAUCACUGUUCUGUCCUAUGGCUGUAUUCUGGCCACCGUGGUCCGGAUGCCCACAGGCAAGCAGAAAGCCUUCUCCACAUGUGCCUCCCACCUAGUGGUGGUCACCAUCUUCUAUUCUGCCACCAUUUUCAUGUACGCCCGGCCCCGUGCCAUUCAUGCCUUCAACAUGAACAAAGUGAUUUCCAUCUUCUAUGCCAUUGUCACUCCUGCACUCAACCCUUUCAUUUAUUGCCUAAGGAACAGAGAGUUCAAAGAGGCUCUGAAGAAACUGACCUCUUGUCAGGCCGUUUGA